GAGCCGGGAUGUGAGGCUGUUUCUGGGUCACAUGGCUUCACACCAGACCAGAAACAGCAUCUGAACAACCAGGAGCCGAGCUGCUUCUCUGCAUCCAGCCUGUUUCUGUCAAUGGGAAGCGGAAUACCUCCAUUUAAAUCCAAAAAACACAGAAAAAUCUCGAGCUGCGGUUUUAUUUCCUGCCGGAAUUUAGCAAAGAAACAGCAUCCAGGACGAGAGACCGGCCAUUUUGCUGUCGUUUCAAACCCAUAUUUCUAAUAUCGAGUCUGUCACUGACGGGGUAUUUAUUUCGCAUUGUUUAUUUUAAUUGCCAGGUUUAGGUGUGGUUCAUUUCAAUGUUAUAGCGAUUUUUUUCCACCGGGAUAAAUCAGCGACUUCCCAGUUGCUGAACACAAACACAGAAAACACGGCUUCAGCACUGAGGUAGCACAGGAGGAGGAAAACCCCCCAGAAAAUACACAAAAUAACGGAUAUGGAGUCGACCAAAGCUGGGGGCGUAAUAGCCUACAUCAGCUCCUCCACCUCCAGCCCAGAGUCCUGCCACAGCGACUCCUCCAACGGCAGCUUCCCCUCCUCUUCCUCACCCACCCCCAAAGUCCUGCCUGUAACCCAGAAAACCGGACGCUCCUCCUCCUCCACUUCCACCGCGAAAUGUGGCAUCACAAAAAUCAACGGCCUGGUUCUGCUGUGUAAAGUCUGCGGGGACGUGGCCUCUGGUUUCCACUACGGGGUGCACGCCUGUGAGGGCUGCAAGGGCUUCUUCCGGAGGAGCAUCCAGCAGAACAUCCAGUAUAAGAAGUGCCUUAAGAACGAGAGCUGCCCCAUCAUGAGGAUCAACAGGAACCGCUGCCAGCAGUGCCGCUUCAAGAAGUGCCUGUUGGUGGGGAUGUCCCGGGACUCGGUGCGUUUCGGGCGGAUCCCGAAGCGAGAGAAGCAGCGGAUGCUCCUGGAGAUGCAGAGCGCCAUGAACAACAUGAUGAACAACCAGAACCAGAACCAGCUGCUCGUGGGCCAGAACCAGCUUCUCGUGGGCCAGAUCCACCAAAACCAGCUGAUCGGGGGCCCCAUGCUGCCCUGCCCUCUCCCAGCCAAUGACGCUACCUCAGAGAACGCAGGCCCCGCCCCCUGCCCUCGCUCCAGCCAAUCAGACGUGGGCGUGGCCAUGGACACCAGCUCUUCCUCUCCCUGUGCGUCUGACAGCCUAUCAGAGGAGGCGAUUGGCUCCGUGACUCGGGCCCAUCAGGAAACCUUCAUGUACAACCAGGAGGCCCCGCCCCCUUCCGCUGAGGCCCUGCCCCCCUCCGCUGAGGCCCCGCCCCCUCAGGACACCUGGAACCACAACAACAACAUUAUGGUGACCCUGCAGGGCCCCCAGGAGGCCACGCACCCUCCCACCCACUGCCCCUUCAGGGGGUCCAGAGGCUCCACCCCCUACACACACGCAGCCUUUGUAGCUCCGCCCCCUGAGGGUCCUGUAAACACUGCCUACAGCGCCCCCCCGUGGAGAGGAGGCAACAGGAUGCACCUGGUGUGUCCGAUGAACACUUCUCCUCACGUGGACCCUCACAAGUCGGGACACGAGGUUUGGGAGGAUUUCUCUCACAGUUUCACCCCCGCCGUCAGGGAGGUGGUGGAGUUCGCUAAGAAGAUCCCGGGUUUCAGAGAUCUGUGUCAACACGACCAGGUCAGCCUGCUGAAGGCCGGCACCUUCGAGGUGCUGGUGGUGCGUUUUGCUUCUCUCUUCGAUGUGAAGGAUCACAGCGUCACCUUCCUGGGGGGAAAGAGGUACGGCGUAGAGACUCUGAGAGCCAUGGGGGCCGGAGACCUCCUCAACUCCAUGUUCGACUUCAGCGAGAAACUCGUAAAUCUGGGACUCAGCGAGGAGGAGAUGAGCCUCUUCACUGCCGUGGUACUGGUUUCUGCAGAUCGCUCGGGCAUCGAGAACGUGAACUCUGUGGAGGCGCUUCAGGAGACUUUGAUCCGAACUCUGCGCAGUUUAAUCACCAAAAACCACCCCCCCAACGAAUCGGCCGUUUUCACCAAGCUGCUUCUCAAACUUCCCGACCUUCGCUCGCUCAACAACAUGCACUCAGAGGAGCUGCUGGCCUUCAAAGUCCAUUCCUGAACCUUCCUCUAAUACUUGAAGAACUGUAAAAAUAACUCCCCCACCCAAUUACACCUCUUAAAGCUGAAAAGUGACAUUUAAAAGGGAGGGGGAGACCAUAAAAUGUACUGUACUGUAGGGCUGUGUGACGGUAAAAAGACACACUGAUCGAUGUGUGUGUGUUCCUGUGUUUGUGUGUAGCAUCCUGUGUGUGUGGAUAAACAUUAGAAGCACUUUUCUGUAUAGUGUAAGCUGGUAUUUCUGCAUUCAUAGUGCAAUAUGUGACUGCUUUUUGAUUUAUAGCGAGGAGAAACUUGUGUAUACUUUCAACGAACGGGAGAUUCAAAUGCUGUUUGAUAAGCUGGAAAAAAUACUGUGGAGUUAAGACUUUAAAAAAAGCAGACGAUAAUGAGAGGAAUGUGGACGUAAAGCUGCUAUGAAUGUUUUAAAUCUGAAUGAAUUAGGGAAGUUUAAAAAGUCUUAUCUCACAUGCAAGUUGUUGUUGUCCAUAGCGUGUGAUUAUUUCUAAAUGAUUUGGGCAUUGUGAUGAGUUUAAAAGCAUCAGUGUCUCUAGUGCUUGCUGAUUUCUGCUCGUGCAUCAGUGGACGAUACAGAAACACUGAAUACAUGGAGAUAUUUAAGACACAAUAAGGUAUAUUUGGCAGCGACCACAACUCCCACUCGCUUGGAUAAACAUGUACAGACUUUAGCUGAGUGUAGUUAAAGUGAAAUAGGACUGUUCCAGAUGAAGAAUGAUUGUAACGUCACUGAAGUGAUUGUAAUUUAAAGGCUGUUUUUGUUUCCUGUCGAUGAACGCAGAACGUCUGGCCUUUAAUAUCCAGAGCUUCUGUCGUUGUGCUUCUGUUCUGUGAAAGGACAGCAGGAUGCGUAGAUUUAUAUAUAAAUAUAAAUAUCAUACAUUACUGCAUAGAUGAAUAUAUCUAUAUAAAUAAAUUUUAUAAAUGCA